UUAGCUAUAAGUGAGAUAGUUGUUGGGUCAUGAAUUUGGAAACAGUACUCCUCAGUGGAGUGUUAUCAAUCAUUUAUAACUUUAACUAAAAAAAGCAUGACUCCGAUUUUUCAACAACACGCACAGCGCAUUCAUGCUUUCGGUUACAAGAGUUCUUUGUUCCUUUGGUACACAACCCUAUGGCCACCAGAGGCAAGGAGCCAAACUCUGCAGGUUCGGAUCAAAGUGCCUUUACAUUCUUCGCAACCCUUGCUCAAUCAAUGGCAGCAACAGGAGAAACAGUUGCUCAUCAAGAGUCUCCCAGAUACUAGUCGAUUCUCUCAAGAACUCGAGGCAUCAAAAAGGACGGUUGAAAAAAAGGUGUGUACUCUUCUUGCGAAAGAUUAUGCAGCUCGUCUUCAUCUAAUUGAGUCAGUGUUGGGUUUGGAAGAAGCAGAGAAGUUUUUCAAAAGCACCCCUAUUUACGCCACGCUCUUGACCUUGUACACGAAAUAUGAGAAAACACUGGAAAAGUCCGAGUCCACUUUCAAGAAGAUGAGAGAACUCGGACUACUCUCAAAUCCUUCACCGUUCAACUCGAUGAUUUCACUUUACAGCCAGCUAGGAAAACCAAACAUGGUCGGUAUAAGCUAUUGUAUGAGACGGUGGAAGACAACAAAGUGAAACCCGACAAUGUCACUGCAAACCAUGUUUUGAAGGCAUAUGCUGCGGUACCCGAUGUAAAGGCGAUGCAUAAGUUCAUGAGAAUGUGGGUUGGUGACGAAGGACUCAAACUAGAGAGAGAAAUGGCAAAGGCAUACGUUAGAGUCUAUUCGGAGAUGUAUGGUGGGAAUGCAAGAGAGAUGCUGCGCACUCUUUGGGACGAGUGUAAGAAGAGUGAAGAGGGAUAUGAUCAGACCAUUGGCUCUUUCUCGAAACUUGACGAUGUCGAAGGAGAGAGGAUAUGUGUGGAGAGUGGAAAGAAAAUGAAGACGACGUAAAGGAACUGGUUACCAAAAAGUCAAUGAUGCUGUUACAUGUUUUGAAUCUGCUCUUCAUCUUGGUCACUUUGAGCCUUCCAUGUUUUGGUUGCCCCCCGGAUUUGAGCAUUCCUCUGGUUGUUAUGAGUGUUAUAUUGACGCACAUUAGUAUCACUCA